AUGGAAACGCAAACGGUUUCGCACGACAGCCAAUGGGAACACCUGUUGUCGUCAGGACUGGUCCAGAGAGGGGCCGACUCGGAGGGCAUUUACGGGUUUCUCGUCGAAGACAUCCGGAAGGAGCACAAGAGGGGCGAGAGAUUGCGCUGCAGUUAUUGUAAAAACAACGGCGCGACCAUCGGGUGUGCCAUCAAAAGUUGCAAAACGAUGUUUCACUUGCCGUGUGGUCUUAAGAGUCAGGCGUUGUGUCAGUUCUUCGACAAGUUUGAGUACGAAGAACUCAAGAGUGGCAUUGAAGCCAAAAACGAUUGUCCCAUUUGUUACACUGGCCUCAAGUUUGACGAGGGAGUGGAUGUGUUGGCCACAGUCUGUUGCGAUAAACUCAUCCAUCGGCUCUGUAUCCAGAAGCAGGCCCUCAGCGCUGGCUAUUUCUUCAAAUGCCCGCUUUGUAACAGUGGCCAAGAGUUUAAAGAGAUGGUCCAAAUACAGGGCAUUUAUGUGCCUAAACAGGACGCCUCCUGGGAGACGGAGGCCAACAGAUUUGACGAUCUCUAUCGCCGCCACUCGCGCUGCGAUCAGGAGGAAUGCUUUUGUCCCAACGGCCGCAACCACUCGUCCGACGCCAGGAAUUGGCAGCUAUUGAUUUGCGACACGUGUGGGUCAAAGGGCGCCCACUGGCAGUGCAUCGGGCGCUCCAAUUAUGUGGACGUCUGGAACUGCGACGACUGUCUUCAAGUGGAAGAGCGGAUCCGUCAAAGAGAAGAAGACUACGACAAUCGGGCCAAACAAAACUCGAGGGCCAACUCGUCGUCAAAUAUAAAUCCUAACUUAUUAUCGACGACCAACUCGUCGGCCAACGAAAAGCCUCUUAAGCGCCGCCAAACUACGGACACCGCUCGACGCACUGCUUAUCAAUUGUCGACCAAUGAGUCGAUCGAAAUCAACAUCGAUAGCGGCGACGACGAGCCGCCGGCGGCGCAGACACCGCCGCCGAAGCGAAUGAGAGGUUCGGGUCUUUCUGUGCGCCGAAAACCUGAAAUGAAGGAUAUGGCCAUUCAGUGUGAGUUGGUCUCAGUCGACGAUCUCAUUGAUUGCGAUCCAAUUGAACGCCUGCAGCCGUAUGUCAUCAAAGUCUCGAACCCAGUGAUCGCCUCAGGAGUAACAGAAUGUAUUGAAAUUGAUGGCGACUCUGACGAAGACAUUGUUAUAAUCGAUUAG